CGGCAGGUGCGCUUUGGACGGCUCCUUUCUUCCAAAAGGGUCGAGGAGAGAUGGAGGUCGCUCUGCCUCCUCCGGCGGCAGAAGUUCCUGCUGGCUCCUACUUCAAAAAGCCGAGUUGUGGACAGUGAGAAUCCUGUAACUGCUGAAGAAGAGACAGGGAAUCCCGAUGGUAGUGUCCCAUCUACACAAUCAAGCAGGUCGAUUUCGACUCAUGGUGACCCUAUGAAUCGGCAACCUCCAGUAGCACCUGCUGUAAACCACCCUGUUCAGUUCUUGUAAGUUCAGACCUAUAGCGAAGCCAAUGGCGGCAGCACCCCAAGACUCAAAUUGGGUGAUUUUUCUGUCCAUUAAGAGUGGCUGGAUAACAAAGGAGGCUAUUCUGGGCACCUAUGAUUGAAGAGAAGCAGGUCAAUGCUGACCGCCAAAUUCUGAGCCAUGCUGGGUCCACGGGCGCCCUCAGCGAGUCCAGCCCUUUUGCCGAGAUAGCCAUGAACAGCUGCAAAUUCAACGGCGGCGUCAUCCGGCCCCUAAGCAGCCUCGCCUCCUCCCACCGCAACCUCCACGACCCGGACGCGGAGACUCAGCCCCUGCAGACCUUCCCUGACUCCGGCUUGGAAGUGGUCGUCUCCAGGUCCGAGCACAGCAAGGCUCCAGAGCCCCACCUGGAGGAGGGCUCAGAGGCCGGGGAGCACCCCCACGGCCACAAGAAGCACCAGAACGUCGGCUACCGACUGGGCCACCGGCGGGCCCUCUUUGAGAAGCGCAAGCGCCUGAGCGACUACGCCUUGAUCUUUGGGAUGUUUGGCAUCAUGGUCAUGGUGACGGAGACGGAGCUGUCGUGGGGUGUGUACACUAAGGAGUCUUCAUAUUCAUUUGCCCUCAAAUGCCUCAUCAGCCUGUCCACCAUGAUCCUCCUGGGGCUGAUCAUCAUGUACCACGCGCGAGAGAUCCAGCUCUUCAUGGUGGACAACGGUGCGGACGACUGGAGAAUAGCCAUGACCUACGAGCGGAUUUUCUUUAUCACUUUGGAACUGAUUGUCUGUGCCAUCCACCCUAUCCCGGGACAGUACUUCUUCACCUGGACCACCCGCCUGGCCUUCACCUACGCCACCUCGGAGGCCAACACCGACGUAGACAUCAUCCUCUCCAUCCCCAUGUUCCUCCGCCUCUACCUGAUUGGGCGCGUCAUGCUCCUCCACAGCAAGCUCUUCACCGACGCCUCUUCCCGCAGCAUCGGGGCGCUCAACAAGAUCAACUUCAACACCCGCUUUGUCAUGAAGACCCUGAUGACCAUCUGCCCGGGGACGGUUCUCUUAGUCUUCAGCAUCUCCUCUUGGAUCAUCGCGGCUUGGACGGUGCGCGUGUGUGAGAGAUAUCACGACAAGCAAGACGUAACCAGCAAUUUCCUGGGAGCCAUGUGGCUGAUUUCCAUCACAUUCCUCUCUAUUGGAUACGGGGACAUGGUCCCGCAUACCUACUGUGGGAAAGGAGUCUGCUUGCUCACUGGGAUUAUGGGUGCAGGGUGUACGGCCCUUGUGGUUGCUGUGGUUGCCCGGAAGCUCGAACUCACCAAAGCAGAAAAACAUGUCCACAACUUUAUGAUGGACACACAGCUAACAAAGCGGGUGAAAAAUUCUGCAGCCAACGUACUCAGGGAAACGUGGCUUAUCUACAAGCACACCAAGCUGGUGAAGAAAAUAGACCAUGCCAAAGUGCGGAAACACCAGCGUAAGUUCCUCCAAGCCAUCCAUCAGCUGAGGAGCGUGAAGAUGGAGCAGAGAAAACUCAGCGACCAGGCCAACAUGCUCGUGGAUUUAUCGAAGACGCAGAACGUCAUGUAUGACAUGGUGUCGGAACUGCAGGAGCGCCACGAGGAGCUGGAGAAGCGCAUCGGCGCCUUGGAGGGCAAAAUUGACAUGCUGGGCUUGACCCUCCACACCCUGCCUAGCCUUGUCAGCCAAGCCAUCCGUCAGCAGCAGUGGGCCCUGCCCCACCCUGGUGGGACCUCCAACAGCUCCGAACGCUCCUUGUGGACUCCCACCCGCCGGCGCAAAUCUCCCUCCACUGCACCCCACACAUCCUCGGAGAGCGGGUGACAUGAGCUUUGUGUCGCAGGGGGGCGCCCCUUUGAAUUACUUAUAUCUAUCUAUCUGUAUCUCUCUAUGGCCAUUGUGUGGCCGGUUUCCCUCUGAGCUUUUUUUCUGGAAAGCCCGGUAUACUUUUACACCAACCUCGCCGCGUUCGUUGUGCUGAGCUGAAGGUGUGCUGUGGAGGACUCCUCGGGCGUGGGAAGCGGAUUGCUGUCCCGGUUCCAAUGUAACAUUAUGCAAAACUGGGGACUUGGGGGGGAGGGGAAUCCUGUGUAAAAAUUGGACAGAUUUCAUGACUUUUUCUUUUCUUUUUGUUCAUUCACUCGCCCUUCCAGUGUUAGCCAUUUUGUGGCUGGCCACGCCAUCCACAGUGGCCAUCUUGUGCUGGCCCCCAUGGCUGAGUUUCAAUGUUCCAGAUGUACCCACAGGCUCCCAAAGGUUGAGGAUCUCCUGGGCAAAGAGAUUGUUCUCCCUCCAUCCCUUCUCCUCUUCCUGUCCUGUUCCCAAAAUUAAAGGAAGGAGGAAUCCACUUAGAUGCCCCGAAAUGUCUGGAAAGGCCAAUUCCUCACAAAUCUACGUAGAUUUAACAUUUUUGGAGCAUUAUGUACAUGGAAGGCUCUGAGACAGUUAUGACCGUCUGCAUGUUUUUUUGAUAUGUUUCCAAAGUCCAUUCCAUCCCUGGGGCCCAUGUUAUGAAACAGGACUGGAGGGCCUUUUUGAUCCUGAGGGCCACAUUCCCUGCUGGGGAAUCUCCCGGAGGCCACAUGCCAGUGGAGCCAGAGGCAAACGUUGGCAGAGCAAUGUAUGUAAAGUUCACUUCUGCAGCGCAGGCUAUAUGCUACACAUGCCUCUCUCUGUCUUCCAUCCUUGAUCAGAGUUCAAGGACACCUUUCCAGGCAGACAUAAACAUUUGGGUUACAAAGCAGGCCAGUGAGGAAUGUGGCCUGAGCUUCUCCACCCCUGUUUUAAAGAAAGAAAUAUUGUGUUGCAGGGGCCUAUUGGCUAGCAUCUGCGAUGUCAACAGUGGCCAGCAGCACACUUCAUACCUGACCCCCUACCCACCAAAGCAGGCUUGUGACUGCUUUUAAAGGUUUUUAUUUUUUAAAAGCUUUCCUUUUUUUAAAAAAAAAAAGUAAGAUGAAACACAAACAUGUAUAUUCCAUUAUGCGGUUCGUUGAAAGAGAAAAACAAAACAACUUUUUUUUUUUAAUGCUGGAGACAGAGAAAGUUCUACUCUCUCCAACAUUGGGAUGAAUGCUUUCUGGGUUUGGAAUAAGUUUAGAAUCCAAGAACAAGGCUGUAAAAACUAUCCUAAAGCAAACUAGCUCACUCUCUCUGAUAACAUCCCAUCAUGGGGAAUCUGCAGGCACCAUCCCACCAAAAGGAGAUCUCAAGGGGAAGCCAGCUUUAGCAGAAGUGGUACCAAGUGGAUGCGGCCACACCAUAAAAGGGGCGAUGGCAGCUCACUUUGCACUUUGCACGAGAUCAGGAGCACCCAUGUUACACUGAAAAUGGCCCACCAGAUUUGAGGGGGGAGGCAUGCAUCUCCUUUCCAAUAUGAGGUGCUUGGAUUGAAUGGGAAGCCCGCUAAUGUCCUCUUCCGCCUUUGUGACUUAGCACAGAAAAAGUUUCUGGGUUUUUCUUUAUAAACAUAUUGCCCCAUUUCUCUCUCAUACAAACACGCACACACUUUUUCUUUCCUUCCAGUUUGAUUUUCCAAUUGUAUGGGUUUCUUUAAAAAAAAAAAACAGCCUCUCUAGCUUUCUGUUCUUGAAUCAAAAAUGAAUGUGUGUGAGUUUUGCAUGGUGGGGUUGCAUUCAACCAAGUCCUACCCAGAGCAGACCCAAUGAAGUCAAUAGGCAUGACUAACUUUGGUCCAUUCAUUCCAGUGGGUCUACUCUGAGUAGGGAUUGGUUGCCUAUAUCCCAGAAAUUAGAAACCCCAACACAACCUUUUCUAAAAAAUAAGGAUUAGAAAAAUACCACGGAUGAUCCAAAGUUAAGCUUUUUAUUUCCCCCCGUUUAAGUUCCUUUGGUUUCAAAUUGGGGCUGAUUUGUAAGGAUACACUAAAGAGCGUAAGAAGAGACUUUCAGGAUGGUCCUGUCUGGCGUUCCCCAUCCCACAGUGACAUGUGGGAUGCUCACA